ACUCCGCCCCCUCAGCCUCCACUUCUGCCAUUGGGGCAGAUAGACGCCCGUCAGCGCCGUCGCCUGGCAACAGGGCUGGCCGCUCCAGGGGGAAAAUCCUUGAACAGCCCGACAGACCGGAAGGCGAGUCCAGUCUUCGGAGCUGGGAAGAGAAUCCUGCCAGCAAUAAGGCAAGAUGGGGAGCAGCGGGAGCCGCCUGGGGCAGAGUGUGCAUUCGCAGUUUCUUCCUGAGGAGCAGGCGGAGGUGGACCGGUUGUUUGAUGCCCUGUCAUCGGAGAAAAGCAGCGCAGCCUCGCCCAGAUCCUUUUCUCUGAAGGCACUCGAGAGCCACAUCGGGGAGGCGCUUCCCCCGGAGAUGGUCGCCAGGCUGUAUGACGGCAUGCGGGGGGUGGACCUGGCGAGACCGGCGAAGGGGCCCAGCGAGAGCGUCUCCCAGGAGCAGUUCACACUGUCGAUGUCCCACCUGCUGAAAGGGAGCUCCAGGGAGAAGAGUUUCAUGAUCCUGAAGAUGAUUUCUGCCACAGAUCGUCCCGUGAAAGCACGGGAAGUCCAAAAGUUUACAGAGGAUCUCGUCGGCUCUCUGGUGCACGUGCUGAGCCACAGGCAGGAGCUGAGAGGCUGGGCGCAGAAGAGCACUCCUGGUCCCCCGCCCAGGGUGCAGGCUCUGGCUGCGCAGCUGCUCUCCGAGGUGAAGUUUGCAGACGGCGAGAAGCUGCUGGGGCCUGAGCAGCUGGACUAUGACUGUGACCCCGCUGUGAUCGAGGACUGGGUGUUCAGGGCCCACCUGGUGGCCACGUUCCUGAGUGUGGUCAUCCACAGGGGCUUUGGCCUGCACUGGCCCCUCGAUCUGUCCACGCUGGUCCCCGAGCGUCAGGUUGACCAGGGGCAGGAGUUUGAGAGCGUCCUGGACCUCCUGUCGGUCAUCUACGUCAACUCCCACCUGCCCAGGGAGCAGCAGCACCGCUGGCACCUGCUCUUCUCGUCCGAGCUCCACGGCCACAGCUUCGCCCAGCUCUGUGGGCGCGUCCCACACCAGGGGCCCUCCCUGCUGCUCCUCGAGGACCUCGACGGCCACGUGUUUGGUGGAUUUGCCUCCUGCUCCUGGGAAAUCAAGCCUCAGUUUCAAGGGGACAACAGAUGCUUCCUGUUCUCCAUCUCCCCCAGCAUGGCCGUGUACACCUGCACGGGCUACAACAACCACUACAUGUACCUGAACCACGGGCAGCAGACCAUCCCGAACGGACUGGUGGCCGAGGCUGAUGUGGGCUCGGAGUCUGACAUGCAGGCUGGGGAGAUGCUGACGGCUUUGCCUUUGCAGGGCAUGGGAGGGCAGCAUCAUUACUUCGGGCUGUGGGUCGACGUCGACUUCGGGAAAGGACACAGCAAGGCCAAGCCCACGUGCACCACGUACAACAGCCCUCAGCUGUCCGCCCACGAGGACUUCCGGUUUGAGAAGAUGGAGGUGUGGGUGGUUGGAGACGCCUCCCAUUCCAAGCUGGCCAACAGCGGCAAGAGUAUUCUGGAUGCGGACCCUGAGGCCCGGGCCCUGCUGGAGAUCAGUGGGCGGAGCCGCCACAGCGAAGGGUUCCGGCAAGCCCCUGACCAGGAGUGAGGAGGAGCCUGGACCGAGGGUGGUCCUGGAGCUGAGCGUGACCCCCUGGACAGAGCGCUCAGCCUGCAGACCUUCUCCCCAUCCUGCGGUGCUUAGCUUUAACCUAGAGCUGCCUGUUCGUAUCCUGGAUGUGCUGACUCAGGACACAGUCACCCCUCCGAUGCCAUACAUUGAUUAGGGGGUGUGUCUCCCAGAAAUCCUGUGUGUCAAAUUAGCCACUUCAGUCUUGCCCUUGGUAAAUUUGGUCUCACUGAAGUGCAAAGACACCGAAACACUUGAGACCUCUGUUGGAAUCAGCAUUUGAUGGGCAUGUGGGUUCUGUGUAGGGGAUUUGGCCUGCUCAGGGGUCACUUGGCCUCUGAACAGGCUGUCACAGUUAAAGUGCCUUGACAUUCCAUUUCGACUGGUAAAGGAGGCGUUUGCAUGGGAAUCGCGAUGCUUUUUUAUGUAUUAUUGGGGGGAAAUGGCCGAAGAUUUCGGAGAUAGCAGCAGCCUGGGUCUGCAGUAGGUGUCUGUGAGGGUCCACUUCUGCCUUCUCAGCUGUUUUUAAAUGAGUCUGUGCCAUGAGCAGGUAGGAAAUGAGCGUGACAGAGAAGUUACGUUCUGUUACUAAUCCAAUGUGGGGGCAUUUGGAGGCCCUGUGGCCUGUUUUAUAAAUUAGUGGUACCUUGGCAGCACUGGCCUGGGUUGCGGGCCUCCUGACACGCACCUGUCAGUCUCACCUCCCUGCCCAGUGCUGCUCCCACGGGGGUGGGCUGGCUCCCUUCAGACAAACCCCAUGACCCUGAAAUGCUAACGACCGCUUAGCUUAGGUGGGCUGGGCUUCCGAGCAGAGCUGCCAUCUCCCAGGCCUGAAAAAACUAUGAACACCCUAUGCAAAUCCCCGCCUUCCCGGAGCUGUGGGUGCCCCUCUCAGACAUGUCACUGUGUCCUCGAGUCUUUUGCUCUGAACUUUGACCUUUUAGAACAGCAUUUGCCCUGAUUAUAAGCCAUAGCAACCUGAGCUGUUUGCGUUUUUAGGUUCUUCACUUUCUACCAGGGGGCUCAUCAAACUGUGCACUCAGCAGUGCCCGUGACUGAGCAGAAGGCCCUGCAAAUUAGCCUCCCAGAGAACAGCACCCGCUCGGACGGUGUGCGGAGGGGCAGCGGCGUGACACGCGCAGAUGCAGUCACGCUUGAUGUUCCUUAUAAAAAGCCAGGUUAUAGUGGCUUCUCCGGUACCUUGUGUGACUUCCUCACAGAUGGAUUAGCAGUUGCAGGACCCUGGGACCCUCAGACAUCCUCACCAUAAAUCUGAAGAAUUCGGUCUCAAAUCUUCAGUUUGUUGUGGAAUGUUCUUUUCUCUUUAUUUUUUAUAAAAUGCAAUUAAAUACCUCAUUAAUAAAAGGUCCAUUGGUGUCCGUACCUGGA